AUGACUUAUUCUGAUCAACCUACUACCCCUCCUCGAACUCCUCGAAGAGCCCAGCAGAAUCAGCCAGCCUCUCAAAACAAGCCAAACUCAGCCCUACCCGACCAUAGUUCCAGAAAGUCGACUAAUAAGAGAAGACCCAAAAAUGUGCAGACGUCUCCUGCUACAACAAGGAAUGAUAGAACUACCCCGCCAUUGACUGGCGCUCAAUCUACCGGUGGUUCAACUGCUGCCAGACCUAUUCAAACACCAUUGGCAGCUCAGGCUUAUGCCGGGCCAACUUUUCACGCAUCCCCUGCCCCGUCGGCUCUACCUAUGCCAAGUUUUUAUUCAAAGUCUGUUCCAGAAUCGCCAGCAUUCAGAGCUGGAAAUGCGAUCAAAGAGCCAGAUUCGUCGGCAGAUGAAUCUUCACAAACUCCGUCUUCAGCACAAAUAUUUAGUGAUUUGUCACAUAGGGAGGAGUCACCCCUUGAUCUUUUCUUCAAAGCAGAUAAACGGGAGAAGGCUGAAAAAAUUCGAGCACGAAGUACCAACUCAAAUGCAACCGGCUCUGUUGGACCCUUCAACCCCCCACUGGCUUCGCCUGGUGAUACGAGAACUCCACGGCAGCCUAACAGUCAAUACCGGAAUAAAAACAUGCCCACUUCUCGUGGUUCAGCAAGUACAUUCUCCACUCCUUAUAACGAGAGGAUCAAAGCAGCACGGAAGACCUCGAGUCCACAUCAAUCCUCACCAAGCAACUCUCAGUCAUCAUUAGACAAAUCGGAGCAACUUAAGGCCUAUUUGUUUUCUGAAGAACCAUCUACCAAUGGUAACCUUGGCCCUGCUCUAAGCUUAACAACAAAUUCAGCAAUUUCCUAUUCAGGUGGACAAAGCUCUCCUGUUGGCCCCAGAAGUGCUGGGUUACCUGGAAGGUCUCCGCAAAUGAACUACAAACUCAAAGGUGAUUCACGAAGCUCAGGCGAUGUCCCCAAAUCCGCUCGAUCUGGUCUUCGCCAAGAAGUCUCAUCAACAAAAACCCCUACAAGAACUCCGGAUCGUGCGAAUUCAUAUGGACCAUCCCAGAGUCUCUCUCAAAUCUAUGGAAAUAAUUUUGCGACUGCCAAUAAUCCUAAUAAUACUACUCGGGUCACGGAUUCUUCCCCUGCACCACAAGUAUCUUCUGGUACUAUACCUGGAACUAGCAAUCCCGAUUUUCGAGGCAUGGAAAAUGAUUUAAGGCGAAUCCUGAAAUUGGAGUCUCCUGGUUGUGCUGGAUCAGCAAGGUAG